AUCAUUUGUGGCAGAUCCAGGGUCAGUUUUCUACCAAUACUACGACGACUGCUUCCAAUACAUUGAUAUGUUAACAUGCAGUGAAUAAUCGCACGCUGCUGCUAUAAUCGAAAAAUGAAUGGGAAACCAAAGCUGCUGCUUGACACCAGCCGUCCAAUCGUCACGCCCCGUCUACAAACUACAGCCCUCCCAGCUGAAGAACCUUCUAAGAUCCGAUGUGGAUUUAAUUUAAAAUGGGUUGUUUUUUUUCUAACUAAAUGUCUGUAUUGGCCUCUUGACCGCUCAAGACAUAAACAGAAAACAAAGUUUACCGACCCCCGUCUAUCAGGGUUAAUUUUCGUCCAGUUAAAGGCUUUAAUAUUUCAAUAAACAAUACGUCGUUCAAGAUCCAUCACAAUAAUAUAUUGGUACUUAAGAAUCCAGUGUACUUCCUGUUGUACUUGGUGCUUUGAAGCAGUUGUAGCAGCUAGCGACGGGAAUCGCGGCUCUCUGAAGGGAGCCGGAUCUUUCUGCCGGUCGCUGCCGAAGUUACUUUCUUAUUUGUUACGAGAAAUAAAUACGCAAGAUUCUUCGACUGCAACACGUGGAAAUGUUCUGUCAUAUUGAUGGUUAAAAAGUGGGAUGCGUCAAGAAUAACUAUCCUAGUUGUAACACUACUAAUGAAAUUGUGCGGUUAAUAAAUAAUUACGCAACUCUAUACAGACAGUUAAAUUUGUAUAAUAUGAAACAAAAAAACAAAAAUGUUUUUCCGCUCUGUUCAAAAAGGUGCUUUGUUCGUUCAUUUAAAGGAUCCGGCUCACGGAGCGACACAUCACUAGCAGCGGCAGACGAACAACGUGCUGAUCACACGUUCGAUUUCUCCGAAUGAGCCGGUCGCUUCCUGCUUUAAAGCCGCUCAGAGCGAGCUGGAGUCUGUAAAACUGUGACGGGAAUAUUUUGCAUUGCUGUGUAAAUCUCUUCACUGACGACUCGCUGUUGUGAAUUACUGUUUCGUUCUGUUUCGUUUAAUCCCACACGACCUCUUUGACGUAACUGUGUGUUAUUUCCAGCGGUGGAACAAGUAUUCAGAUCAUUUACUGCAGUAAAAGUAUAGAAGUGUUAUCAGCUGACAGUAAAACGCUUCCUGUCAGUGUUUAUUAUAUCUGAUGUUUCUGGAGUCAUAUUCCUGCUGCAUUCAUGUGUGUGUUGCAUUUUACUGCUGCAGAUGUUUCAGGUUGAGCUCAUUUUAACUGCUUUAUAUACUGUUGGGUAGUUUAACCUGCAGCAAUGCAUCAUGGUCUAUAAGACCAUCACGUGUUUGCAGCGUCGCCGUCCUGCGAGAACCACGUAUCAGAGAAACAGCCUGUUUUCAGCUCUGUGACGAUGCGUUCUCCAGCUGAUCCGAGGGGGGGUUAAAGAGUUUAUUCAGCUUCAGGAGGAGGAGAGUUUCCUCAGCACAUGAAGGAAACUCUUCAUCCUUCAGCUCGUCACAAACACCUGGAGAUACGAGGUUUCCACCGGACGGGAAGGGGAUGAAACGCUGUGAUCUGAAUAUAACUGAAGCCGUCAGACAGACGCAGUGUGAAGUAUGAAGUAGCAGUAAAGGGAAAUACUCAGGUGAAGUACAGCACUUGAGUAAAUGUACUUAGUUGCUUUCCACCGCUGGUUGUAACUGAAACAGUUUCUGUCCUGAAAUGAUCGUCACAAAGUUAUCAUAUACAUACGACUAAGAAUCAUUGAUGAUUUAUGUUUAUUAGCAUGACGAUCACUCUUUUGUAUCUUUUUUUUUUUUAUAUUUACUGGAUUUUAUAAUAAUCUCAGGAGACAGUUUGUUGAUGUCGGACUAAACAGUGAUCUGUAAAAUGAUACUCUAAUAUUAAAAAACUGAAUUUUACAUCAGUUCUGUUUUUACUUGUAAAGGUGUGAAACGGUUUGUUGGAGCAAAAUCAAAUCACACACACACACACACACACACACACACUAUUACUGUAGGAGGGCAUUUAGGACAAGCCCCUCCCCAACCCCAACCUAAACCUCCCCAUAACCAAGUCUUCACCCUGGUUUCCUUUGGAUCUGUUUUCUGUCCCCAAACCGGCAGCAAGUUGCUAAAUUAAUCAACUGAUUAAAAACCCUUUAUGUCUCCUAACUGUGUGUUUUUGUACUACCUCUAUUUAUUUAUCUGCCAGCGUUUUAAUUAGCUUCAAACAUGGAUGUAAUGCACAUUUUCUUUUUGAGGAUAACCGGGCACAUUUGAAAAUGUAGAAAUAAUUGAUGUGAAUCAAAUGUAUUUAAGAUUAUUAAAGUUAUUAGAUGAGUUCUGAAGGCGAUGAACGCAGUGAUGAAUAAAAAACGCAGGCGAAAACCGAUAAAAUGCAACUUUUACUCCAGUCACACCUUUCUGACUCUUCAGGGAUCGAAUGUGAGCACUUGGACUGGAAAUAAGUUUAUGCAAAACAUGAAACAACACAGCUGCGUCCCUUUUUAAUUGAGGUCAGGUGUCUCCGACCUGCUUCAGGGUUCGUCUCUACGUGUUCAGCUUGAGGCUGAACAGCCGUGGAGGAAGCGCUCGGACCUGAAACUGCAGCAAAAGCACCGCAGUGUAGAAACACUCUGUUACAAGCAGUCCUGCAUUCAAAAAGUACUUAAAGCACCAAAAGUAAAAGUGCUCAUCAUGCAGAAUAAUAUAUAUGAUAUUAUGCAUUAAUGUGUUCGUCACUUUACUGCUGCGGCUGCUGCAGAUGCACCACAGCAGGCUACAAAUGGGAGUUUUGUAGUUUGUAGUUUGUUGGCAUCUUAAUACUGUCGGUCAUCACGCUGCAGUUUGAAUCGGUGAUUUAAAAAGAAGCUGAAACCACAAGAGGAACUCUGAGUAAUACUUUCAAGACUUUUUGAUAUAUUAACACUCAUAAGGAUAACUGUGGAAUGAGGUCAGGAAAGCACUUCUUUAAGUAUUUCAUUUGUUUGUUUUUUUUACUGUAGUGUAGUUAAAGUUUUCGUCUCGUGGGUUCUUGUUUGUUCUGCAUGUUAUUUGUUCUAUAUGUUACGUGUUUUUUGUGCUGCUUUUAUUAUUUUGGUGAGCUGUUGGUGGUGUAUUCUAUUCUAAAAAUUAUGAAAUGAAAAGUCAAUAUUAUGACACGGUGACCAAGUAUCAUUUUGGCUUUCUAUGAUCAUUUUGAUUUUAAUAUAACUUUUUGUCAUUUUUUUCUUUGCUUGGAGCAAAGUGGGCUUCCAUCUGCAGUGGUGGAAAGUAACGAAGUACAUUUACUCAAGUACAGAUCUGAGUUAGUGGUGCUUUACUUGAGUGUUUUAAUUUGAUGCUACUUUAUACUUCAUCUCGAACACAUUUCAGAGGAAAAUAUUGACUUCCGGACGGGAGCUGAAACGUCUUGAUUCUGAAAACAGCGUCCAGACGACUACGACUGAAACCUUUUCUACGAAAGUACAAAAAAAAAAGAAUAAAAUUAGCUGUACUGCAGCCAGCGACAACAUUAACAUGCAUCUUACAUGUUACUGCAUCAAUAAUAAUAAUCUAAUAUUAUAAUAUGUAAUGAUGUAACUGUGAAUGUGUCACCUCAGGCAAUAAAGUUAAACACACUGGCGGAAGAAGACGUCACGUUAUCUAAACGUCCUCCUCUCGCCCACUGGGGGGCAGCGGACAGCCCUGAAGUCUCGCGGUGUUUCCCCAGUUAUCGCCGCAGAAGAAGAAUCGCGGAAGAGGGGAAAGGUUUCCUGACGGAUCACCGGGCUAACCAGCUAGCUAACUAUCAGUCUAAUCAGCAGUUUUAUCACGUUUACAGGUUAGAUAGAUAACGGGACAGAAGUAUCAAGAUGACAGCCGCACCUUACAACUACUCCUACAUCUUCAAAUACAUCAUCAUCGGUGAUAUGGGAGUAGGGAAGUCUUGUCUGCUGCACCAGUUCACAGAGAAAAAAUUCAUGGCGGACUGUCCUCACACCAUCGGGGUGGAGUUCGGGACGAGGAUCAUGGAGGUCCACGGUCAGAAGGUGAAGCUGCAGAUCUGGGACACGGCCGGUCAGGAGCGCUUCAGGGCCGUCACCAGGUCCUAUUACAGAGGGGCCGCCGGGGCCCUCAUGGUGUACGACAUCACCAGGAGAAGUACUUAUAAUCACCUGAGCAGCUGGUUGACAGAUGCCAGGAAUCUGACCAACCCGAACACAGUGAUCAUUCUGAUUGGUAACAAGGCCGACCUGGAGGCUCAGAGAGACGUGACGUAUGAGGAGGCCAAACAGUUCGCUGAAGAAAAUGGUUUGCUGUUUCUCGAGGCCAGCGCUAAGACAGGGGAGAACGUGGAGGAGGCCUUCCUGGAAGCGGCAAAGAGGAUUUACCAGAACAUCCAAGAUGGCAGUCUGGACCUGAACGCUGCAGAGUCAGGAGUCCAGCACAAACCGUCUGCGCCGCAGGGAGGCCGCCUCAACGCCGAUAGCCAGCCCGCCAAAGAAGGCUGCAGCUGCUAACCACAGACAGAAACUACACACCCAUCGGACGGACGGACGGACGGAGUCAGACAGAUGCGUACGCAGAGAUCCCCUCUCCACCAGGCACCACCAACCAGAGUGCGUCAGACAGGAUUUAGCUGGAUUACAUUUAACAUAGCAGUGGCACAGUCCCAACCAGCUGUUGUCAAAUCCAGACCUCAGUUCAGUACCCAAAACGAGAUUCGGCCAUCCUCCACCCAAUCAAACAUUCACGAGCUUUGGUUCAGUCAGGACGCCCUCAACCAAAUCCAGAAACCCACAGUCUCGAGAGACAAAUAAAGAUGCAAGAAUUUAAAUUUGGACCAAUUUAGAGCCCAAAUCUGGAUUGCACCUGGAGUCCACAUUGCAAUGGACUGAUCCACACCCCAGGCUUAAGAUGGACCACCCCUGGUCCAAGUCAAGACUGCCUUCAGCUCAAAUGCAGGCUUGAUUGACCCAAAGGCAGGCCAAGCGGGACCCUUCUGAGCCCAGAAUAGGACAGCUCUAAACACAUCACCAGACAUCCCUUUUCCUGGACUACCAUCCGGACCCCGCCUCUUCCAAGUCUGGAUCCCCAUCGGCCAUAGUCAAUCAUGGCCAAUCCAAAUUUGGACUACCCUUGUCCCAAGAGACAAAUACAGAUACAAGGCUCAAAUUUGGACCAACCCUAGUUGUCCCACGGGACAUCGCUAUGGACACAUCCAGAGCCUAGACUCAAAGCUGGACUGGCCUUGGUUCACCACACAUCCAGGCUUGCUUGCCCCAAAAGUAGGACCGCUCUAAGACCAGAAUAGGACAGCCCUUAGUCCAGCACUAGACAACCAUUUUCCCGAGACUGGAUCCGACUCGUGGGACACCCAUGUCCUAGAGACAAAUACAGAUACAAUCCUACAGCCCAAAUCUGGACUACAUUUCACUAAAAGGCACAUCACCCAAGUUCCAACUCCGGACUUCCUAUGGACAGAUUCAGAGCUUGGUCUUGGUCCAAAUCAAGGACCAUCUCCAGUCCAAAUCUUCAAAUCUAGACCGUAGGGUCAAAUUUAGCUAUAAUCUGAUCUGCUAUAAAUCCAGAUCUUCUUAACGCCACUUCUGACAUUCACUCUUUGAUAUGAACUUUUGGAUUUACAGUCGUACUUAUGUCUUACACGUGUGUGUGUGUGAUAUCCCAUCGUUUGUUGUUCAGUUGGAGAAUCCUUUUAAAAUUCACGCUUCAAAACCAUAAAUUCUAACACAGAGUGGCCUGGACAUCCGAAACCCACCUCCGGGAUUCCUUCUUCGCGGAAAACAUUUCAUUUCAUGCCAGCGAACUCCUCGUCUCGCUCGCUCGUCAUCCGUGAGUUUCCAAACAACGCUCUCCGAUGAAACCGGCUGCCCUUCGAGCUGCCUGCCCGAUCACUCGGAUAGUUAUUCCAUCAGUUGUUCCACGUGGACUGCUGACCAUUUACGCUGUGUCAGUAACGUGGGUCAGAAGACACUGUAGUUGUUGACGUGGAUCGGAGACUUUCGAAACCAUUGUUCUCGUGGUCACGUUUGUCUCUGGAGGCGUUUCGCAACUGGAGCUGAUGAUGUUAUUUCACUUGUCUGACUACAGUCCAGUCACCUCGAAUGCAGGUUAAAGGUGCACUCCGCUAAUCUUACACGAGGAUCAGUUUACCCAUCAUGCUUAGUACCACUCAGCCUCUGAAAAUACUUUGCGUAAUGUCUUCUGCGGCUAUGGUCUAGAGUCUGCAAAAGUAAGCCUGAUGUUUUGACCAGUCUUUCUUUAAAAUAUAUAUAUAUCUUGCAAGUUCCCCAACUUUCUGGAAGUGUGAUACUAAAAGCCUUAGUGCGCUUCGAACAAACAAGUUUGCACGAUGUGUCGUCUAAAUUACUGGAGUACCCCUUUAAUCCCAGCUGGAUGGAGCGGUCACAGAAAAGAGCCGGGACCUCGCUGCACAUAGUCCCACACAAGUUUCUCACGUUACGGGUCUUCAUUUGAAACUGACCCUCCCCGAAUCCAACAUGCAUAAAAAUUUAUUUACAAGUGUACACCCUGCCCGACCAAAUCAGACUGAAUAUUAUUUGGACCCAGCCGUACUUGGGUCCUGGUUCAGGUCUCUGUUACUACAGAAGGAACCAAGUGAACCCUUGAAGACUCUUAACAAACACACAUUCGCAGGCAGGAACCCCAAACCCGCCAUCUCUGCAACGCCACGCCUUUUUUUUUUUUAAAAGUCUAAAAUAUUUUAACUAAAUAACUUCGUUUAAGGCGACUCUGAAUAUCGAUCGCUCUGCGGGGAGACAAAGCAACUGAUUGAUGAAGGUGAUGAUAAAGAAAACGACUUGCCUGAGCCAGAACGUCGAUACUGGUCCCUCAGUGGUUCACAAGUUCAGGAUAGAUUUUUAUUACAUUCUUCUUGUUAAUGUUGGGUUGUUUUCUAACGUGUUUCCAAAUAUAUAUAUAUAUAUAUAUAUAUAUACAGAAUAUUUUCGAUGUCACAGCUCCCCCUAGAGGCCGUUUUCUGCGUCCCUCCUGGUUAAGUGCGUGUCGAGGGAAGAAAAAUGGCACAAGUGGAAGCAACGCAGAUUCUUUAAAUUUAUUACUGCCUGGUUUCGUUUCGUUUGCUUUUUCUUUUUAACGUUAGGCUGGGAUUUCACUUUACUUGAAUGCGUUACUCUGGACUCACUAAAGCUAAAUUACUGCGUUGCAAUGAAGGCGUGCAAAAAAAACAAACAAACCCCACACUUGAUAUCUUAAGAAACAUUCGGACAAUUUGCGAAAUGCGACAAUUCAUGCCUUCCAACGCAACGUCAGACUUUUCCAGUUCAAGUCAAAAUGCCCGAGCCUUGAUGUCCUGAAGUGCUUUAAAGUUUCCUCUCCUGUCGCUAACUGUCAGUCAUCGACUAAAUGAUUAAAUGUAAAAUGAAUUCAUUAGGUGUUUAGAGUGUGAUCCCAGCGCUACAUGAACCAGAUCGGUCAUUAAUUUUGUUCCUUAUGAAGCAUUCCAGCGCUGACUAGCUACAAAACAGAAACACCAAUGUAGCUCCGCUAAACUUUACUUAACACUUUAAAAAAUAUAUAUAUUUUAAAGCUGUAUUCAUUGAUUUUGUGGCCACAAGGGGGCAGAAAAAAAACCCAAAACAAGCUGACUGAUGCGCGCAUACAGUACAACACGUAAUGUUUUUAAAAGAAAUCGAUUAACGCAGCUUUGACCUGAUGCGAUUCUGAUUAACGUCAGAUUUUACACUAAAUAGAUCGGCUGUCAAGCUUCCACUUUAUGUCCAGUGUCUUUCCAGGAGGGAAAACACUAAAAUAAUAUUCAGUAAUACUGCUUAAAUACCACGAAGGGUCUGGAGAUCUUUUUAAAAAAGCUUGAGAAAUGUUUCCUGUUGAGGUCCGAAUGAGUCCCAGAAGCAGCAAAUGUCACCAACAGGUUAUCUGAUGAAUCAAAAUACAAAUUACACAUCAAUCAAAAUGAUUAAAGAGGGCAAUGUUUGAUCAUUUACGUACGUUACAAUUUCCUUUUUUUUCCCCCCCGUGUUAUAAAGAUCGGAGGACAAAUAAGAAAUACAUGAACGGUAAAACCUCUGCCAGGAGCAAGAAAAUAUGAAAAGACCAAAUAAAACGAGCCAGUAAAAGGUAAAUGUGUGUAAAAUUCAAAAAAGUAAAAUUCAGAAUUAUAAAAAUUCUACACAAUAAUGAGGUACUAAGUCAACAUGUUUACUUCCUCAGCCAAAGUUACGAGAUAAAAUGUUUAAUCAUGAUUUUAAAAAGUCAUAAUUUUGACUUGUUUGUAUUUUGAUCGUUCUGUUUUUAUUUUGUUAACUGCUCGUUGCAAUUUCUUAGCAGAGGUUUUAAAUAUUUUUAUUAACAAUUUGGAGGUAAAUAUAUGAAUUUAGAUUAUUUAACUCUAGCUAAUGUACGCAUCUGUGGACUCAGCAGGUUAACGUGUUGGUGACGUUUGUCUCCUCUGGGACUCCGUACUGUAGUUGUGAAUGUAAAAGGCAGCCGCUUGGAGGAAGUCGUGUUCCUGCCUGGCUCACUUCGAUCCCCCCGGUCCUCUGCGAUACCGCGGCUCAGAGUCUGGUCUGGUGGCGAGUCUCGCUCAGAUCCCGUGUACAUAUCCAGUCAAAACUCAAGUGUUAAGGACAUUAAAGCCAGUGCUGUCGGUGAGUCCAGGCUUCGCCGAGGACUCCUGGACCCGCUUCAUCACAAAACCUGGUUUUUAACCCAGUCCGCGUCUGUCUGAAUGGGGACCGAUCAGUGUGAUUUUACUCUUCCUGUCCUCUGAUUGGUGGACAGCAGCCUUCUUCAACCGUGAUGCUUGAUUUUAUGAAUGAAAUCCCAGAUUUUCAGGCCUCUUGUUACUUUUCAUCACUUAAUAACCUGCAUUCGCUGGAGGGGAGAAACUUUUAUUUUAAAAGGAAAGGAGGAGGUAGUUCGCUUCCUCGUUGACGCUUGUGUUUUUUUUUUUGUGAUUUUAAACAAGUUUCCAGGAACCAAAGGCUCACAAAAGUCAACAGGAAGUCACCGGACUCACGAAAGAAAAACACAAGCAUUUAAUUAAUUAAAGAAAAAUAUUCAUAAAUGAAUUAAAAAGCAUCAGAAGAGACUGCUGCCUGCUCACAGCAGUGCCGGGACUGCAGGCGGCAGUGUUGCUGCAGCGUAAUCGCCUUUUUUAAAAGUUUGUCACAGCGCCCCCCCACAUUCCUAAAUUUAAAGAACGUCUUUAGAUAAACGUCACAGCUACAUUCGUUUUUUUUUUUUUUUUUUUUUUUUAAUAACGAUAAAUGCUUCUAACGAUAAAACAGACGGAGGCACUUUAAAAUCAGGCUGAAAAACAUUUUGAUUUGCGAAUAACUGCAGGUCAGAGUUGUCCGGUUUUAUCUCCGCUCUGCUCUGUACGUUUUUAUUCUUUUUCUUUCUGUAAUGUCUGUUGAUUUUCUGUCUGCUAAAGUAACAAACAUGCUUCCUGUGAUUCUUUUGACUAUUUAUAUUCUAAAUCUGUAAUGAUUUUUUCUGCUGUACCUUUUCAUUGUACGACCGUGGGGAUUCAGUUAUUUGUAUAUAAAGUAUAUAUAUACUGUA